AUGUAUACUAAUGAUUAUCUAACAUCCGAUGAAUCUGGCUACUAUAGUUCUACUAGUAACAGAAAUGAUGCAUGUCUUCGAUUUAUUAUAAUUCGUCAUGGAGAACGUGUUGAUAAUACAUAUGGUCUUGGCUGGACACGACAGGCAUUUAAUCCUGCUGGUCAAUAUUAUGCAUUCGAUGCAAAUAUGCCGCCAACAUUACCUUCUCGAAUAAAUUGGCUAGAGUAUGAGUUAGAUACACCAUUGACUCUUAAUGGUUUACAACAAUCAUGGAAUGUUGGCAAUAUUCUUGCUCAACAAAAUAUACCGAUAAUAGCUUGUUAUUCGUCACCUGCUAUUCGUAGUAUUCAAACAGCUGAUCAGAUUCUUGGAGGCUUGGGUCAAAAAAUGCAUAUUCCAAUACGACUUGAACUUGGUCUAUUUGAAUGUUCAUCUUGGUACGCUCAAUUACCAAUUAAUUUUAUGUCUUAUAUGGAAUUGAUCAAUAGUGGUUUUAAUAUUGAUACACAGUAUCGUUCACAUUUGGACAAUCUUCCACCAUUAGAAAAUGAAUAUGAAUAUUAUAAACGUUCAAAAGAGACAAUGAAAAAAUUAAUUAAAUUGUAUAAAAAAAGAGGUGGUACAAUUUUAAUUGUUGCACAUGCACCGAGUCUUGAAGUACUUACACGUCAUUUAAUGGAUGAACAACCGAGACCUGCACAACUUUUCGAUCUUGCAGGUCAAGUUAAUUAUUGUGGUAUGACUAUUGUUGAUAGAGAUCCAUUUUCAAAAUCAUGGCAAUUUCGGUAUUCAUUCGAUGAACAAGUCAAUCGGCAACAACAAUUUAAUAAUGCUUUAUAUAGUUCUGCAACAGUAAACUAUAGACCAAGAUCUCUAUUUUCUAACUUAACAUAG